AUUAUGGAAGAUCAGUUCCCAGGCCUUUAUGCUGACAUUGAUUACAAAAUGCAAAAAGAGGCGGACCAACCAUUACCUAAAUUACUCAUGAAUGAGAAGGAAAAAACUAAAUUAGAAAGCUACGGGGUGUCCCCUAAAGUUUCUGAUGGAGCCAGGAACUCCAUCCGGACUAAGAUCGCUCCUCCUAAUGAAGUAUUUGGAAUGAAUAAGACCGCUAAGCAUGGCGAGUUCAUUAAGAUUAGUACUAAUACAGAAGAUUUUCAGAACCUUAAGCAGAGUAAUACCUAUCAGAAUUCUAUGAACCAUAUGAGAAGAGUCAGGCAUAAUAGAGGAGGGUCAAUGUCAAAAUCAAAACUUGGAAGAACUGCUAACGUUGCUAAGAGAAGUUUGUUAAAUCCUAACAAUCUAUUUCUACGCCAACAGCCAAUAGAGGAGCCUGAGUUUGUAAAAGAUCCUAUCAACAAGUUCAUGAAAAAGCCUUUUCUUGAAAAUCUCCCUUUGAAUCAGAAGAAUUUCUAUUCAAACAAGAAAGGAUUCAUAAACCUGUUUGAAGACGUGACUAAAAUCAAUCUAGUUUUCAAUGAGAUUAUCUCUACUGUUCUCUGAUUCAGGCCCAAGCUAGCUCAGACUCUAAGUAAUCUAAACUUGUCUUACAACAAGUUGUACGAGAGACUUCUAGACCAGAACCAUAAGUCUGAGCUUGAAAAGGACAAAGAAGUCAGGAAUCGGUUAGAAGUCUCUGAACAGGAAGUACAAAAACUUGAAUUUGAGAAUGUCAAACUGACCAAACAAAUCCAUGAGUAUAAGCUUCUUCUCCAGAAAUAACGAAUCCAACCUUAAAGUAGCAGAGCUAGUCGAGGAUGAACUCAAGUCUCAGAUUGAGUGUCUCAAGACAUGUAACAAAGAAAUGAUAGACUUUGAAAAAGCCACUGGUGGAAGUGCAGCCAAACAAGAAGAUAAUAAGAAAGACGAUGACAAGAAAGUCAACCUCUUUGAAGAUACUGAGGUGCAGUUUGGAAAAAUCGAAAAAGAUAUGGGCAGUACUCAGAAUGUCAUCUCUGAGCUGGAACGGGAGCAGUACAAAAAGAACUCUAUUCUUCUUAAUAUGGAUAAGUUGUUAAAGCAAGUCCUCCAACAUUCAAAGCAAGAUAAGGGGAUUCAAGUUAAUGAAGCUAACUUACAGUGGACUCCAAAAGAUAUGCUUAGUAGUGUGCUUUCUCCUCCCUUGGAAAAGACUCAGAAAAGACAAGAUGAUGACCAGAAAGAUGGAGAGGAGGCCCAAGAUCAGCCUAAAGAAGAAAAUAAGGAAGGAGAGCAAAAUGAAGGAGAAGGUAAGGAAUCAAAAGAUGCUGAAUCUCAAAAAGACAAUGAGAAAUACAAAGACAACUAUAAAUAUGAAGCUCCAACUGCUAAUAUGACUAUGUCCGAGCAGGUGACUGAACUUAAGGAGGAAGAGAAGAAGAUCAAUAAGGAAUUAGGCUUGAAUCUUGACUCUCAACCUAAAAAUAUGAAAUCAAACAGAGUCGUAGACAUUGCUGCUCUUAAGCAGAUGGCUCUUGAAUUGACCGAGCAAUGGAACAUUCCUUCAUUUAUUAUUGCUUUUAUCUCAAAUUCACUUGACACAGAAGAAAAGGGACGUGUGGUCCCUUGGCCUCACUUUAAAAAGAGACUUUAUGAAAUCUAUGAUGAAAGAAUAGCUUUCUCGGAUGAGAUAAAUGGUGCAGUAAAUACAAAUUAUCUUGCACUUGAAGAGUACAUAAUCCUGCAUUUCAUCAGGAAAUACAAAUUACGGAGAUUAGCAGAAGUAAAACUAAUCGAGUUCAUCUCAAGUCUCAAGUACUACACAAAAAUUUGGCCAAGAGCCAAAGUAUUUGCGAAGUUAUCAGGAAUGCUCCAAUAUUCAGAACCAGUAGAGACAGAUGCUAAUUCGCAUUCUUGUGACAUAUACAUGCAGGAAUUCUUCUACUUUGCGUACUCAUGCUUCAAGGAGUUCAGAGAAACUGAUGAUGGACUUACUCUGAUCAAAUGAGACCUUGAGGAAGAGCUCACUCCAAAGGUGCUUUUCUGGAUGGGAGAAAACGACCUCAAGAAAUGGUACCACAAAAUUAGAAAGCAUGUCAAAAGACUUCCUGAAGAAGUUGAUAAGUUUGAAAUGAGACAUCCCAGUCAACCACCAAUCGAAAUUGAGUACGUCGAUGUUGACCAAGUCCUAAAUGGCUACUUGGAUGAAUACAUGACUAAGAAACAGAAGAACCAGAAAGUAUUAACAAAACAUUUUGUGAAAUUUUUCCAAGAACAAGAAGGGAUUUUCAAUAGUGAUGAAAUUAUAUCAGUCUGCUCAAAUCUAACUCCUGAGACAAACCCUGUCUCAAAAUAUGUAUCGUAUCCAGGGGAGAUCACUUUCCUGAGGUCUUUCUUGUUUGCUUUGACUUCUCAGUCUAACUCAUUCGAUAUCUCGAACAAGACAUUCUUGAAGGGCUGUAGCAGGUUCGGAGUUGAUUCUCCAUAUCCAAUUAUUUCAAAGAAGAUAUUCAUGUACUCAGGAGGUAUAAACUCUCUUGUUGAAGUCAUUGAGGAGGACACUAAGACACCUAUUGAGAGGCAGCCAACCAAUGCCAUUGGAGCAAGCAAAGUUGUUGCGAAGCAGAAAAGUGACAAAUCAAAUAUAGUGGUAGGCCUUCAAAAUAUGAAAAUGCUUGAUUCUAAACGGCCACUUUCUAAAGGUGUUAAGCAAGGACCGAAAUCCAAAACUUCUUCUAUUCAAUUUGGGUAUGCUAGUGGAAGUCAAAAAGACAGUAGUAAUUCUGUCUUGGCUAUUCAAAACCCAGGAGGAGUUCCUAAUAAGAACAUAAAAGUUGUUGUGCCUAGUUUUGGAACAUGCAGUGCUCUCUUCUCUCAGCAUUUCAGCAUUCUAAGAGAGCUUAAGAAGAAAAUCGAAAAAUACAAGAACAUGUUUGCGGAACAAAAGGACGAGGAAAACUCAUGGAAUUGUCUUGAGAACGUUAUGAAGGUACUAGACACAGCUUUAGCCUUCCUGAAUUUCCCCAUUCAAACUUCAUCUGAAAGCUAA